CACAAACACAACAAAUUUUCAUCAUGAGCAUAAAGUCAGAGAUUGUGACGUGUGUUCACAUGUGUUUACAUUAUAUUCAAAAUCGCACGUAUCUUUCAAGCAAUUAUUACUGUCGCUAAGCUUGUGACGCGUAUGAACAAAUAUCUCUUAAGCAUUUUUUAGUAGAAGACGAGAUUGAAGUAACUGUAAUUGUCGACAUUGUAAAGGUUAAGAUGGAUAAUUACAGAGUUGAAUUGGAUCGAGAGACCGGAUUCUAUUGCACAUUAUAUUUAUUUACUGACAUCACAAAUGUCUCCGAAAUUCGCGAGAAAUUAGUCACUGGAGAACUUCGUUGCUGCGUGGUAAAAGCUUCGCUUAUAAUCGACGCUUUUCAGGCAGUGGUGGCUGCCAACAAAGUUGUUCUCAAUGCAAAACAGAAUCGAUUAAUCACCAAGACUAUAUACACGGAGAUUUUAUUUUAUUUGUCAAUGUCUAAAAAGAUAUCACGUGCUUUGACUGAAUUUGGUAUCAACGAUAGUGAUAAGAAUAUUCUGGUAAUACUGAUACACAAACCUGAUGAGGAACAAUCCAUGUUGGAAGAAAUCUUAGGAAGUAUCAAGGGAGAGAGAGUACCCAUUUCAAGAAUACAAGAGUUUGCAGAUGUGAAUCUUGUAAAGAAAACUUACAAAAUCGAAAAAGACGAAUUGCGUGUUUCCAGUCUUAUUAAUGCAAUCGUAUCAAGGAUCAGCUGUAAAGACUUUAUGUUAUAAUAAAAAUUGAAGAAAGUGAAGGUCUGUAUGUCAAUUGUACAUUAAUAUUAAAAAAAAGAAAUUAUAUUUGAGAUAUAGUUUGAAUAAAUAUAUAUAUAAAGACAAUAUUUUUUAAAUAGUCUACAUA